UGUAGUUUGUUUACUAGGGCAUGUAUGUAACGUUUUUACAUUGAACACCAUUGUAGAUACACCAAAUCUAGUUUUUGUGAGUUUAGUUUCACACAGCUAAAGCUAAGGGAGGGUGCUAAGUUAGCUGGGCGAGGAUAGCUUAGACAACUGGCAGUAGCUCGUUAGCUAACUUGUAAGAGAGUGGUGAGUCCAAAAGAAAAGCCUUUUAUGAGUUUUCAUUUUGCAAUAGUGUUGUGUUAAGACCCAAGUUACUUGUGGCGCAUAAUGCAUUAGGGCGCGACCACGCUGUACACGUUUUGUCUCCUUUUGCGCAUCCUGUACGUUAAAUGCGGUAACGUUAGCUAGCAGGUGGGCUAAAGAAAGCUUCAUAUCUGAAGCUUCAUUUGUUUUGUUCGGUCAGCUAGCAAGGCUAUCUUUGUUGGCUUUUAAUGGGGGGAGAGAGUGUGCUUUCCUGGUCAAGUAAAGCCAGUAAAAUACAAUUGUAUGCGGAAUGUUGUGCUGCAGCGAAAGUCCUAUUGCAUAGCUAACUUACCGGAUACUUGAAGUAAAAUAGAUAGACCAUCUAGUGCUGUUAACAUACCCAGGCACCAUCAGUGCAGAAACUUGGAGGGUUGGUUAUAGUAAAAGCGGCUGAUAAUAUGCUCUCAGCCAGCUUGCAUGUCAUGCCAACCCGCGGACUUAGUGUUGCCUUUGAGGCCCUCUAACCUAACUAACGUUAGAAGUAAUGGGAAGUGUGCUUUUGGUGAAACAGACCUGUUUUACAUGACAAGGUACCCACAUUCUGCAGCCGAGCAGCAAGCCCCAGGAUGAGGAGAGGACAGUAGGUGCCCUGCCUAGCAUGGCCGCGUCCCGCUCCUCGCGCGUCACCAGGUCAUCCGUGGGGAUCAAUGGACUGGACGAGAACUUCUGCGGCCGCACGCUCAGGAACCGCAGCAUCGCCCAACCGGACGACGUUUCGCCGCCCCCAGCACCCCGAGCCCGCUCCCCGAAGAAGCGGCAGGACGGGGACAAGCCCCAGACCGGUCAUGGAGAGGCCUGGAGCGGGGGUGGCGGCGGUGCUGGUGCAGGCUCUGGCAGGAAACGAGGCCUCUCCUGCUCCGAGAAGGAGGAGUCGGAGCGGCCAGAGAACUGCGAACGACUGCGGUUGGCAGCAGCGGCAGACACAUCGGCAGAGGGCUCCCCGGCCCUGAAGAAGCCCAAACGCUGCACUCGCUCAGGAGAGACAGGGGUGGGGGGAGAAGAAGAGACCCCCACCCCUGCCGUAGACGGACCCUCGCCAGAGAGCCCCAUGCCCCACUCCCCCCAAACGGACAAAGACAAAGAUGAGUGUCCCAGCAGGGGGGCGCCCAUCUCCUCCCUGCCUCCCCCGAGCCUCUGCCCAGAGGAGCAGCAGGAAGAGGAGGUGGAGAGAGGAGGGACUGAUGCAGUGAUGGUGGCACUGGUGGAGGAGGAGAGGGCACCCUCCCCCGCACCAUCCCCACCACCUCCCCAGCCCAAGGAGGCCCACAAGGCCACUAAUGGGCUGGGGGAGAUCCACAGGGAGGAGGCUCCCUUGCCGGACGGUCUGCCUGCUCAAGCCCUCCCCCCUCCAUCACCCUCGUCCACGUUUCCUACGCCAGCCCUCAGCACCCCCGCGCUGCUCAACGGCAGCCAGGUGCUGAGCCCCUCCUCUCCAGAGCCCCUAGUGCCUUGCAGAAGCCUCAUCUCUGAGCAGACGGAGCCCCCCUGCUCCUCGACCUCCUCUUCCUCCUCCCUCUCCCUCUCCGUCACCCAGUUGCCCAAUGUGGAGAGCAACGGCUCGGACGAGGUCUCCUGCAGCCAGACCCCAACCCUCAGGGAGCCCGAGCUGGAGGUGGUGGAGGUGGACGUGGUGGGAGAGGAGGGGGGCGAGGUGGUGCCCUGCCCGGCUCAGGACGAGCUCACAUUUCCCGUGCAGGAGGAGCUGGAGCCCAGGGAGGUGGGGGUGGUGGACGGUCAGGUCAGCGCCACCAAUGGUGGUCUGUUGUCUGCGGCCACAGAGCUGCCUGAUGCCUCCGAUGAGGAGGACAGUGGCGGUGGUGGUGGCGGCAAUGGGGACUUGCAUAUCUCAGGAGAUACAAUGACGAUGAAGAUGAUGUCCGGCUCGGGCUUGUGUUCUGCACCCGCCUCAGAGCCCCCCUCCUUCACAGAGCCGCACGAACACCGAUACGCCCUGAGGACUUCGCCUCGCCGCGCUGCCUGCCGGCCCAGCUCCCCUCACAGAGACAGAGACGAUCCCCCUGCCCCAUUCCCAUUCCCAUUCCCAGUCCCGACCCCCACCCUGACCCCCAUCACACCCAUACCUACCACGCUCCACCUGGAGUCGCCAUCUCGCUGCCUCAAACUGGAGGCGGUGCCCCCUGGUGGCCUGGAGGCCUCCUGCAGGCCGGGCGGUGAACUCUCGGAGCCCACGGGGGCCAAAGUGUGCCCGGAGGCAGCGGUGGUGUUGGACAGCAGAGCGCCCCGCUCCACCAAAGACUUGGCUGCCGAGGAAGAGGAUGAGGAAGAGGAGCCAGACGUCUACUACUUUGAGUCGGACCACCUGGCUCUGAAACACAACAAAGAUUACCAGAGGCUGCUGCAGACCAUCAGUGUGCUGGAGGCCCAGAGGACUCGAGCCAUUCUGGACCUGGAGGCCCUGUCCCGCCACCAGAAGGAGGCAUUGACAGACCCCAUUGGCUUCGUGGAGCAUCUGCAGAAACAGGUGGCGUUGGGGCUGCCCUGUCCCCAGAGAGUGGUCCAGCUCCCAGAAAUUGCAUGGGACCAAUACACCUCAGGCGUCGGGGACUUUGAAAGGGAGUUUUGCGACAAGAAGCGCAAAACCAGGCAGUUGAAGCUUAUAUACGAGAAAGUGGGUUUACCCAUCCGACCAAAAAGUCCUUUGGAUUCCAAGAAGGAGAGCGACUCGGCUGGGCUUUACUCGUCUUUGCCCUCCAGUGACGCUCCGGAACAUAGCCUCUCCAGCAGCAGGUCACAGAUGAUCAGAGGGAGAGUGUGUCAUCAGAAUAAACCUGACUCCUUCAACCAGCUGUGGACCAUAGAGGAACAGAAAAAGCUGGAGCAGCUGCUGGUGACGUUUCCACCGGAGGAGGUUGAGGCAAAGCGGUGGCAGAAGAUUGCGGACGGGCUGGGCAACCGAACAGCCAAACAGGUCGCCAGCAGAGUGCAGAAAUAUUUCAUCAAACUGACGAAGGCCGGCAUCCCUGUACCCGGGAGAACACCCAACCUAUGCAUGUACAGCAAGAAGGCCUCCAGCAAGAGACACCACCACCUGAACAAGCACCUGUACCGACCCUCCACCUUCCUGACCUCCUACGAGCCACCUGUCUACAUGGAUGAUGAGGACGAGCGCUCCAGCUUCAACAGCCUGCAGGACCCCACAGCCGAUGACUCAGAUGAGGAUGGCGUACCGGUGGAGUUCCGGAACCUGCCGGAGUAUAAGGAGCUUAUGGACCUGAAGCGUCUGAAGAAGCAGAAGCUGCAGGACAUCCAGGUGGAGAGCGCCGCGGUGCAGCACAUGGGCUUCAAGUGCGACGUGUGUGGCAUGGAUCCCAUCCAGGGGGUGAGGUGGCACUGCCAGGACUGCGCGCCGGACUGUACCGUGGACUUCUGUGGAAACUGUUCAGAUUGUGUGUACAAAACAGAGACCCAUAAGCCCACCCACCGGCUGGAGCCAGUCUACCAGGCCGAGAGCUUCCUGGACAGAGACUACUGCCUGCCGCACAGCACCGGCUACAACUACCUGGACCCCAACUACUUCCCUGCCAACAGAUGACAGCAGCCAGGGCGAAGCAGUGCAUCCAGGGCUUGGCAGCAGCCCCCAGGGCUUUCUGUGCAUGGCUCCAUCCUAAAACUCCAACGCUUAGUCUGGGCAGGUGGGGCAGCAGCCGCAGCUGUGUGGGGGGGCACAGAUGGGUGACACCGGCCUCCUCCCACCGUCCCCUUACAGACUCCCAAAAAAACACCCCAACCCCCCCUCUACUGGGCAGAAGAGUGCUGCCCGACAGGAUGGGGGGUGUACCGCACCUUGCCACGGUUGUUGUCAUCAUAAGUUAACAGGUCACUAAAACCCACACUAUUUAACGAAAGAAAAGAAAAACGGUAAAAAAAGAAUGAAUGAACCAAUAGAAGAAAAGAAAGAAGUGAAAGACACAGCCACAUUCCCCCCCCAACAAAACCUGAGACGUUAGAUCGCCACGUUCUCCCCCCACCCUCUUCCCUUGUGCUUGUUUUUCAGCUGAUGAAGUGCUGGUGAAGCUCCAUUUGGCCAAGUCUGUUUUGGGCCCAGUAGGCCACCGUACUGUACCUGUGCCGUGCCUCAGUAUGGGGGGCGGGACAGGGGGAGGGUCUUGGACUCGCUAACCAGAGUGCAAAUGGUGUAGCUAGAUGUCUGUAGUUGAAUAUUUAUAAGUGACGCUUUCUCUGUGUGAGCUCUAUCUCUUGUUAUGAGUUAGAAAAAAAAGAAAAUAAAUGAA